AUGGAUUCAUAUUUCGGGGAUAGUUACUGUCAAAUAAAUGCAGUCCAGGAUCUGUCAAGUUUUCAACUGUCACUCCAGUUUAAAACAAGCAGACGCAGUGGGCUGCUUCUCCUAGCUGCUGGAAACACAGACUACAUGUCUCUAGAGCUGUCCAAUGGCAGGUUAUUGGUAAGAAUGGACAUGGGAUCCGGUGAAGUGGAGCUGUCCUCAUCCAGAGGUGUUCAACUGAAUAAUCUUCUGGAUCACCAUGUAUUGCUCACCCUUAAUGAAAACCAGCUCAAGAUGACCAUUGACAGCAUUUUCACAACAUCCACUGACUUGCAAGCAGAGAAAGAGGACCUUAACAUUGAUAUUGGUGUAUUUCUUGGAGGUGUAGGAGACUUGGAAGUUGAUUACCUCAGCACUGCUGUUCAGUACCUGCGUGGCUGUAUGAGCGAUGUCAAGUUAGAGUCACAUCAGUUUGACAUUUUGUCCUCUGUAACAACUGUGUGCCAUGAAACCAGGGAAGAGUGCAGCAGUGAGUUUGAAGCAGGAGAAGGCGAGACCAUCAGCUUUAUCAGUUCAGACUCCUUUAUCUCCUUUCCAACCUGGACCAGAACAAAUACUGACUCUCGCAAUAUGGAAAUGCUAAUGAAAACUACUAUUGAAGAUGCCUUACUUCUCUUUCAUCCAGGUCACCAGUCUGAUUUCAUUGGGUUGGGCAUGACAGGAGGUCACCUUAAAGGUGUAGUAGAGCUGGGCAGUGGCAUGAUAGUUCUGAACAACAUGGAAGUAAAGCUGGACGAUGAUCAAUGGCAUAGAAUAAAAAUGCAGAUCACUCCCCAAACCUUUGAAAUUACUGUGGACAGUGAAUCAGUCUCAGUCAAUCUGAAUGGAUUCGAUAAACUGGACCUAGUUGGGAAUCUGUACAUAGGAGGCAUUCAGGGAAAUAUGAAAGAUGUAUUUCAGGAUGACUUUCUGACCCCUAUGGAAAAGGAGUUCUCAUCUGAGUCUUUUGUUGGCUGUCUAGGGGAGAUCAAGGUGAACCAAAAAGACAGAAGUCUUCAGGACGCUUUGAUAACUAAAGAUGUUAAAGUUAAAUGUGAUGGAGAUUAUGAUGAUUAUUCUACCUAUUACGAUUCUGAGACAACAACUACACCCCCAGUGCGGAUCAGAUAUGUGGCUGUUACACCUGAUGAGAGACACUGUGUCCCAACUGAUGACAUGCCGGAGAUCUUUCGAAAUGUUUCCAAGCUUUUAGACAUCACUCCUCUUCUGGUUCCUGAGGGUGGGGAAGCUUUUAUUGAUGUAAAAAAUCUAAACCCAACAUUCAAUCUGAAUGCUGCAGAUAUAAGACAAUCUCAAAUUAUAUUCACCCUUUUGAGUGAUCCUUGGUAUGGUGUUGUAGACAUGAACAUCAAUACUAGGCGCACUAAGAAGUUUACCCUGCUUGAUGUGAUAAAUAAAAAGAUUAAGUAUCUUCAUGACAACAAUGAAAAAUAUAAUGAUGAAAUCCAACUCGACGUGGUUGCAUAUGGCCCCAAUCUUCCAGAGUGUUUAAAAACUUCCCAUCAAUACGUUCUCCCAGUUGAAAUCCUCCCUGUCAAUGACAUCCCACAGCUCAGUGGUGGAAACAUUUCAGUCACAGCAAAUGGACGUACUCAAUUAAGCCCCAACCUUAUCAAGAUAGUUGAUUCUGAUAAUCGAUGUGACAAGUUGAUUGUUACAGUCACUUCCAAUCCGGACCCUAACGGUUAUUUAGAAAAUACCGAGCAUCCUGGCAUGAGCCUGCAAGAGUUUACCUGUAGACAGCUUAAGGAUGGUCUCAUUUACUACGUCCAUGAAGGAGGCUCAGUGUCUGAACUCACACUAAAGGUUUCAGAUGGAGAUCUGCUCAGUCAGUCGACUUCUUUCAGACUAGCAAUCACACAGCCACAGAUGAGCCUGGUGACCAACACUGGACUACUCCUCACUCAAGGCAGCAACUUUUCGAUUGGGAUCCAGAACCUGUGGGUGUCUGCGACUCCAAAAAAUGGAGAUAUUAUAUUUAAUGUUACUCAGCCUCUUAGAUUUGGAGAACUGCAAAUUAUCGGAGCUGACAGUUUACCAGAGAAAGUGUCACGUUUUCAUCAGUCCGACCUGGAGCAAAACAGACUGAGGUACGUUACAACGAUUGAAGACGAUCUAGAAGAAACACAGACUGAGUAUAUUCAUUUUAAUGCUCAGCUGGGAGAGUUCACUCUCACGGACAAUGUCUUCAAUAUCAUAAUCAUGCCUGCUCAAGUGCGAAUGUCAAACAUUGUUCCUGUUGAAAUUGUCAACGGAGAGCCAAAAGUUAUCAAGCAAUCAGAGCUGAAAGCUGUGGUUAAAGGAAAGAAUAUUGACUCAGAUUUUAUCACAUACAUCAUUUGGAAGCGUCCAACGCUGGGUUACUUGAUGUUCAGAGAUAUGGUUCUUUCAGAUGGAGAUAACGUUACCCAACAUGAUAUUGACAUGGGAUUUGUCAGUUACAGGCCCACCGUCUACAAGGCUUUUGAUGCUAAAGAUUACAUUCAGUUUAAAGUAUUUGCAGACGAUCAGUACUCUAGAGUAUAUACUUACCCAAUAAUUAUAAAAGCAAACUCCAGUGCCCCUGUCUUGACCAAUGAGAGACUGGUGGUACUGGAUGGUCAUGAAAGCGUCCUGAAUAAAGAGUAUCUCUGGGUGCAGACUGCACAAUCGACAAACUUUGUGUACAGGAUUACUGAAGCCCCUAAAUAUGGACAUCUCAUUAGGGACUCCCCUCCUGGUGUGCCAAGAUUUGAGGGUGCCAUUCAUGUCUUCAGUAAUGAGGAUCUACGUUUAAACAGGCUUAUCUAUAAACACGAUGGCUCAAACAUCAGUUACGACCAAUUCACCUUUCUUGUAUUUAAAGAGCAGAAAGAUAGCACUAAUUUACCGACUAAGGGCCAGGAAGUCAUCAAAGCAACAUUUAACAUAGCAAUUCAAUCCAGAAACGAUCAUGAACCUCAAAGAGUAAUUGAUAAACCCUUUAAUGUGGUCAGAAAUGGUCAGCGUUUGCUGACCACUGAUGAUAUCCUAUUCAGGGAUGAUGACUCCGACUUUAACGACACCCAGCUGGUCUAUAAUCGAGUGGGAAUUCUUUCAGGUAGCAUUGUCUCCUCUGCAGACCCUUCACAACCCCUGUACCGGUUCACGCAGGCAGACCUGAGAGAUGGAAAAGUUCUGUUUGUCCAUCGUGGUGCUGAUCGUGAACGGUUCCAGCUUCAGGUAUCAGAUGGGUUGCACAAGACCACAGCGCUGCUCCAGGUACAGGCCAGCGAACCAUACUUGCAUGUGGUCAAUAACUCCAUCGUUGUCAUGGAUCAUGGCAGUACAAAGACUAUUGACACCAGUCUUCUGGGCACAGAAUCCAACAUAGACAUUCGAAGUGCUGAUGAAAUUGUGUAUAAGUUAAAAACACCUCCUAGUGAUGGUAGGAUUAUAGUCAGUGGUAUUGAAGCCGCUCAGUUUACUCAAGAGGACCUCAAGAAAGGUGUGGUCUCCUAUGAGCAUGAUGAACAAAGCCUCCGUUCCAAAGACUUUUUUGUUUUCACUGUGCAAGCAAAUGGAUUAUCGAAGGAAGGCACUUUCAGAAUUAAGUUCUUCAAGAGAGGAUACCUGUCAGAACCUCAAGUCACUGUCAAUGAAGUGAUCAUUGCAUACAAAGGAGAGCAUACUGUCAUUGACCAGGAUUAUCUGAAGGUGGAGCAGGCAGACAUCCUGCCUACCGAGAUGGUGUUUACCAUUAAAAAAUCUCCACUUCUUGGUCAUGUGGUCAAGCUAACCAAUGACUCAGAAAGCCAAAUGGCUCCUCAACUGGAUUUAAUCAACUCUUUCACACAAAAUGACAUAAAUAUGGGCACAGUUUUGUAUUUGUCAGGUUCAACAGAAGGUCGAGACACGUUUACUGUUGAUAUUAGUAAUGGUUUUACCACGGUGGAGGACCUUCAUGUCCAGGUGGACAUCUUGCCUGAGCUUAUACCUGUCCAGGUGGUCAACCUCACAGUGAACGAAGGAGAAACUGUAACACUUUCUGAAGAGGUGCUCAACAUCACACACCCUUACUAUAGGUCUAUUAAUAUUGAAUUCUUCGUUGAGGGGACACCUGAGCAUGGAGAUGUAAGAUGUCGGGACAGUAAUGAGGAGGAGCUGUACACUUUCACCUGGGAUCAAGUUCAGCAAAACCUGAUCUAUUACCGUCACGACAACUCCGAGUCUACAGAGGACAGUCUCACUUUGUAUGCCACUGCAUUCGAUAUUAAUCGCCGCAGCCUCUCUGUUACCAUUGGCAUCACAGUGGUUCCCAUAAACGACCAUCAGCCAGAGCUGCAACGCAACACCGGCCUGGAGCUUCUAGUGGGUGAAGAAUCAGAAAUUAUGAACAAAGCGCUCAACACAGAGGAUUUGGACACCCCACCAGAUACAUUGUUAUACAACAUACAAAGCAUCACGAAUGGAAUACUUGCCCUAAAAGAGUCUCCUGAUGACAAUAUUAAAAGUUUCACCCAAGACCAGAUCGACAACGGAGAGAUCAUUUUCAUCCACCAAGGGUCUGAAUCUGGUGGUUUCAGCUUCACAGUGACAGAUGGAGAUCACACCACUCCUCUCUACGUCUUCAAUGUCACAGCGAGACAGCUAACAAUUUCAGUGGAAGCCCAGGGCGAGUUACUGGUCUUCCCAGGAUCGAGGCAAGUGAUCAGUGGUGAUAUCCUCCAAGCAGUGACCAGUGAGGAUGGAGAUGAGAUCAGCUACUCGCUUGUAAAGCCUCCACGUCUGGGACGACUAAUCAAGCCCAACCAGAGUGGACAGUUUGAGCAAAUCAACAGCUUUUCACAAACUGAGCUGAAUGCUGGUGCAGUUUAUUAUGAACACCAAAUGCCCUUGGAACCCUUCUGGGUAGUUAAAGACUCAGUGGAGCUUGAGCUCUCGUCACCCCCAGCAGCACAACUUCACCACACUCUUCCUGUUACUGUGUCCUACUAUGCUGCUCAUCGUAAUGUGUCUUCACAGUUGUGGAAGAACAAAGGUAUGUCAGUGGUGCAGGGGCAGUCUAAGGUGAUCGACUCCUCUAUUCUUGAUGCAGCUAACCUUCUAGCCAGCCUGCCUGAAGAUAAACGGGCUGGACAGGACAUCGUUUUUGAGGUACGGCAGUUCCCUGCACAUGGCCGGCUCACUCUUGAAGGUGCAGACCUUACACAGGAUGCACCCUACUUUCUUCAGACUGACAUUAAUAAAGGGAAACUGGAGUUUUACCAUGAUGACUCGGGUGCACCUUCAGAUAGAUUCUCCUUCCGCGUCAGACUGAACCCCCAUGGACAUCCAUCUCAGGCUACAGCAGGAGCAAUAGUGCUAGAGGAGGUGUUUCUUAUUUCAGUUAGACAAAGAGACUUCAGCCCCCCAGAGCUUGUCAGUUUGGACCUGCUGCUGGAGGCUCUGCAGAAUUCUACCACUGUACUGUCCAAGCAGUAUCUCAACACCAUAGACCAGGACAACACACCUGAUGAAGUCAGAUUCACUAUCCUGAAGAGCCCUGGCAAUGGGCACCUUAUCUACAUGGAUUCCAGGGACAAAAUCCACCAGUUUACCCAAGAUGAUGUGAACAUGGGCAGGGUGGCGUUUGUAAGUGAUGGUAGCUUGUCUGAUGGAUUUAUGGAAUUUACUAUCUCUGAUGGAAAGCACCAAUCAAAACCACACAUGAUGCACAUUGGCAUCCUGGCUAAAAAGCUUGUGCUGACUAAGGUGGCAGAGAUCGAGGUAAAACAAGGAGAUGAUGAGACUCCCAUCACAGAAGACAUGUUGAAAGCAUCCACAGGGGGGCCUAUAGAGGAGGAGGUGCUUUAUAAGAUCACGAAUGGUCCUAAGUAUGCAGCUGUGAUGGUGGACAGACAACAAACGUCUGCCUUCACCCAGAAACAGAUCAGGGAAGGAAGAGUAAGCGUACGCUUUAUCAAGUCCACAUCUCCAAAUGACAGCUUCUCCUUUGUAGCCCGCAGUAGAGCAGCUAAUGUUUCCUCUAGCCUUAACAUUACAGUAAGACCCCUAGCGAAUGUGGCCAAGGAUCUCAUGCUUCCACUAGGCUCUACAGUUCUGGUAGACAGGAAGUUGUUAGAUGCUACACCACUUGCCAACAAAACCAGAACAUUUCCAACCUUUAGUGUGACCCAGCAGCCCAGAGGAGCAAGAUUCAUAAGGAGAGGUGGGCCUACAGAUGGACAACCUAUUGAAUCCUUUACCCAAAGAGAUGUGGAUGAGGGUCGUGUGGCCCUGGAGUUACUGAAUGGCACUGGAAAUCCAAAAGCGAAAGGUCAAGACCAGGAUCAUGAUGAGGCUCGCCUUCUUCUCAAAUCACAUGGAGUGCCUCCUGCAGAGUGCAUACUUACCUUCCAGAUGGCUCCUUACGAUCCUGCAGGAAUCUACCCUGUCACCGUCCUCAAAGUCCCACCCUCUGUUGGCAGCUCUGAAAAAAGUAAAGCAGACCAGCCUGAUGUCAAAAUGAGUAGGGAAGGGGACUGGCCAUAUAACGUGGAUCCCACCACAGCCUCUACUGACCCUCCUAUAUCCCCAGUUUCUAGACGGAACUCAAUAUGGGCCAUCCUCGUUCCUAUCUUUAUCAUCCUCAUUUUACUGGUCCUAGCUGGUUUGCUUGCAUUCUACCUGGUGCGUCGCAACAAGACAGGAAAGCACAAUGUCCAAACAGCUGGCAGCAAGCCAAAGAAUGGAGAGGUAAGCCAAGAAACCUUCAGAAAAACUGAUCCAACAAGCAACAUUUGUAUGUCAAAUAUGGCGUCCAAAGACACAGAUCCUGAAUUAUUGCAGCACUGUCGGACAACAAACCCAGCUCUGAAAAAGAACCAGUACUGGGUAUGAAAGGG